AUGCCAGGCAAGGGUCCCUGUCAGGAGAGUGCAGAACAUGGGGCAGUUAGGCCUCCCAGGGGAGAGCUCCAGGAUGUUCCUACUGAAAAUCCCCGAGCGCCAAACCGUUUGGUGGAGCCGAUCCGAGAAUCCUUGGUCCGUGACACUGAGCCUCAGGAGCCGAUUCCCCACAAGAGAGCAAGGCAUGAGUACGAGCGCAGACCUAGGCACAAGACACGCGAGGACCGCUACGACUACAAGGCACCGGGUUCGGGAGCUGGAAUUCGGCAAAAAUCCAACAAGGAGAAGAAGAAGAGGCCGCGGCGCAGGAAGAAUAUCAUGCACGAUGAGCUUCGAGCAGCAAACGUGACGCAAGAAAGAUUGACGCUACGACACACAGCAAACCUGGGCUUCUUCAACAAAGGGAGGUCAUCGUCAUCGGCCAAGCCCCACGAAGCAGUGCCUGACCUUGUGUUCUCUGAGAUGAAUUUCUUGUCACGGACAGGUCACGGCCUCAACCACAGCACCAUGGUUAUCGAGAGCCAGAAGCCCAAGACAGAGGAUGGGAAAGUACAUCAGCGCCAGCAGCUCCCUUCAGCACUUCCCAGAUUGAUACCACCGAAUGAUACCUCUGGUACUCCGCACUUCUUCGCGCCAAGUGACUCACAAUGUCGCGAAACACAGAUGGGCGUGCACGAGCCUUGGCAAGUGCCCCGGGACCUGCAGCAUGAGAAGAAUAAAAAGGUGGAGGCUCCGCAGUCUGCAACCCCCUACACUUGGUCCGGAAGUAAUAUAGGAGAAAGCCAGCGAGACCGUAUUAUGGACCUCUACCUGCUGGAUCUUUUGCACGCUGGCUUGCACACCCAACGAAUCGGAGACGACGACACGGCUACUAGCCGAGGAAAACGGUACUUGAAACUUGAAGAGCUCAAGGGAAUCCUGGAGGAGAGAAAAGCAUGUUGGGGAUCCGGUUGCGUCGAAGAAGAUUCGUCUUCCAAUGGAUUUUCAAUGAAAUUCCUAGAACGGAGUCAACCAUUCAACAACUUGCCCGAGAUUGGCUUCAAUGGUGAUCUUCCGCAUGCACCGCACUCAACCCAGAGAAUGCCUGAAUACUGUACCGAAGAAGGCCAGUUGGGGUCAAACGGUGGUGGAAAUGUGCCAACUGAAAGAACUGGAUUAUCCCCAGCGCUCGAACCAGCUGAUACUGCGAAAUGCGAAGAGCAGACAUUGACAAGCCUAGCCCAUGGGAGAAAGAAGAAUGAUCCUCAAAUCCCGCUAACCAUGGCCGCGGAUCUGAUUCAAGUUGGCGCGGACGACGACGAAGUAUUUUACCGCACACUUGAUGCGGCAUACCGCACAAUUGUAAGCACCGGGGACAAAGACCAAGAUUUUGGUCAAUGUCAUAGCAACAGUGCUGCCCCACCCCGAUUGAGUGGGAUUGAAACUGACAGUCAACCCAAUGCUUUGCUCGAUUCUCUGACCCUGUCGCUUCUUGGGUUUGCAGACACAACAUGGCGGCAAGUAUAUGACUAUCCAGAUCAUCCAGUAUUGAUUGAUCCGCAUUCUUUGCAUGAGGGUCUGGAGAAAGGACCCACUGUCAGCACUCAAAGGAGACCGUCAUCAUUUCUCCCACCGGAGGAAAAUGUCGAGCAAAGCCCGGGAUGGGCCCGGACAGCAACGACUUUGACGGCGAGUUACCCGUGGCCACUUGGAUUUUGGCGGCAGAAUAAGCUGUACUGA